UCUUCACUUGAAUUUCUUUCUGGUGUAAUAAUCUUUUCCUUAUACUUAAAAUAUUAUCUUGUGUGACUCAGGAAAUGAGUGAAAUCCAUAUUUGUCCCAGGGCAAAGAUAAGAACUAAAUAUUUACUAUUCAGUGGAGAAAGACUGCAAUUGAGUAGUUAUAAAGUUAGUAAACCAACCGGAUUUUAACCUUUUUAGUUUAUCUAACAACGAUUUGACUUGACUUCAUUUUUUAUCAUUUCUACGGGAUUUUAAAACAUCUGGAAUAAGGAAUAAAACAAGAAAAAUUUCGAAAUGGCCACGUUGUCACUAAGGAUCAGUUUAGAGGGUGGACGUGUUACGAAGACAAUCCAAUUUGAUCCAAGUACUACAGUAUUUGAUGCCUGUAAGAUAAUUCGAGAUAAAUUUGCCGAUGCUGUGCAAGGGCAACCCCAAGAGUUUGGCCUGUUUUUGGCUGAUGAAGACAAUCGUCAAGGUGUUUGGUUGGAAGCUAGUCGUCAUUUGGGACACUACUUCCUCCAUAAUCACGAUAUCCUCGAGUAUCGACGCAAAUUACGAACUUUGCGUGUGCGCAUGUUGGAUGGAGCUGUGAAGACGAUUUUGGUAGAUGACUCCCAUCCAGUUUCACAGUUAAUGGUGGUUAUUUGUACAAAGAUUGGCAUAACAAAUCACGAAGAGUACGGAUUAGUUCGCGAAGAAACUGAGAAGCAAAAUGAAAAUUUGCCCGAUAAUAAGUUCAGUACCCUGACUCUGCGUCGAAAAGUUGCGGAGAAAGAUCGAGAUGCUAAAAUGGAGAGUUUGAGGAAAAAAUUAAAAACAGACGAUGAGAUCAAUUGGGUUGAAGUGGGAAAGACUCUGAGAGAGCAGGGCAUUGAUGAAUCUGAAACAGUUCUUCUGAGACGAAAGUUCUUCUAUUCUGAUCAAAAUAUCGAUUCUAGAGAUCCUGUUCAAUUGAAUUUACUCUAUGUACAAGCGAGAGAUGCAAUCCUUGAUGGUACGCAUCCUGUUACACAGGAGAAAGCCUGCGAAUUUGCUGGUAUUCAGGCACAAAUUCAAUUUGGUGACUACAACGAUAAGAAGCACACAACUGGGUUCUUAGACCUCAAGGAAUUUCUGCCCCAGUCGUAUGUUCGUGUAAAGAAUAUUGAAAGGAAAAUCUUUGCUGAGCAUCAUAAGCAUUUGGAGUUGUCUGAAAUUGAUGCUAAAGUCCUGUAUACUAAAACAGCAAGAGAACUCCCAACGUAUGGUGUAACAUUUUUCCUUGUAAAAGAAAAAUUAAGCGGAAAGAAUAAGCUAGUUCCAAGAUUGUUGGGUGUUACGAAAGAUUCGGUGUUGCGUCUAGAUGAGAAAACAAAGGAAAUUCUCAAAACGUGGCCACUCACAACGGUACGACGUUGGGGUGCAUCACCAAAUACGUUUACAUUGGAUUUUGGGGAUUAUGCCGAUCAAUACUACUCGGUGCAAACGACAGAAGCUGAGCAAAUUGUCCACCUUAUUUCGGGGUACAUUGAUAUUAUUUUGAAGAAAAAGCAAAGUAAAGAUCAUUUUGGAAUUGAGGGAGAUGAAGGAUCAACGAUGGUGGAAGAGAGUGUUGCUCCAUCAAAGGCAACGUUCCUUCAACAUGAGACCAACAAAAUUGGAAAGAUUAAUACAGAAUCUUUGGCAAAACCAGUCAUUAUGCGCAGAUCCGACGGAGAAAAAUCCUAUACACACGGAGAUAUGACCAAUGUACAGUAUGGAGCAAUUGUUGGACAAGUCAACUUGGCUCAUCAGCCACCACUGUCAAAGGAGAUUCGUAUUAGUUCGGUUCUAACGGAACCACAGCGAGCUCUUUUGGGAUACAUUUCGGCUGGACGCGAAGAAUUGCGAAGGGCUCAAGAGGAGCUUCAGACGAAAGUGGAAAUUCCCGACAUUGGUGAUGAUCCACAUUCAAUUGAAUGGCGCGAAAAUACGCUGGAGUCCUCGAAGCAGCUUGUAACGACGCACAUUGCAACAAUGAAUGCAGCAACAGCUCAAGUUGUAACGGCUACACAGCCAGAUGAGAUUGAUCACGAUGCAGUCGGUGAAGCUGUAACACAGAUCACGCAGAGUAUUCCGACUGUAACGAAGGAAGUUCGUCUCUUGGCUGCUCUCAUGGAGGAUGACAACAACGGUGAUCGUCUUUUGGACGCUACUCGUCGCUUGUGUGAUGCAAUGAGUGAUUUGCUGAAGGCUGCUGAGCCAGAGAGUAAGGAACCGCGACAGAGUCUGUUGAAUGCUGCAAGUCGCGUUGGGGAAGCUAGUACGCAAGUACUCAGCUCAAUUGGGGAAGAAAGUCCCGAAAGUCGUGAAUUGCAUGACAUGUUGCUGGCAUUAGCAAAAGCAGUGGCAAACACCACGGCUGCUCUUGUUCUACGGGCAAAGAGUAUUGCUGCCAGUGUGGAUGAUGAUGAUACACGCAAUAAGGUGAUUGAGGCAGCAAGCCAAUGCGCCCUUGCGACAAGUCAGUUGGUUGCUUGUGCAAAGGUUGUUGCUCCAACACUACAGAAUAAGGCCUGUAGGGAGCAACUGGAGGCAGCAGCGCGUGAAGUAGCAAAGGCAGUAAACAACUUGGUAGCCAUUUGCAAUGAAGCCACGGAUAAUCAUCAAUUACGUGGUGAUUUAAUGGCAGCUGCACAGGAGGUGUCGCGAACGCUGAAAGAACUGUUGGAGCACAUAAAUUUGAAUGCAAGAGAAAAAGCUCGAUUGGUACAGGACGAUUAUCCCGUUGAUAAUGUCCUCAUAACAACGGACAAAUUGGUGUCUUCAUCUGAUCCCCAAGAAAUGAUCAAACAAGCCAAGAUUCUUGGUCAAGCCACUGCAAGAUUGAUUGAAAAUAUUAAAGGUGAAGCGAAUGAUCAACAUGAUGAAGAAUUGCAACAUCGUCUAUUGGCUGCAGCUAAACAACUGGCUGAUGCAACUGCCAGGCUUUUGGAAGCAGCACGGGUGUGCAGCACACAUCCUCAUGAUACACAGAAUCAAGAAGCUCUCCGUGUAGCCGCUGAGGAACUGCGUGACAUUACAACAACAACAGCCAAUACACCAGCAAUGAAACGUCGUCUCAUUAAUCGUUUAGAGCAGUCUGCAAAACAAGCUGCAUCUGCGGCAACUCAGUGCAUUUCUGCUUCUCAAAAUGCCAUCCAGUACAGUACUGAUGAUCAAGCUAAAGAGCAACAUUUGCAAGAUUGUCGCUCCACAGCUGAUGCCAUACCACGUUUAGUGAUGAGCGUUAAGAAUACAAUUGUUCACCCCGAUGAGCCAUCCUUCCAAUUGGGGCUCAUUGAGGCUGCGGAAUCAUUCGUAGAUGUAGGCUCGAACACCGUAGCAUCUGCUCGGGCUCUUCAACCAUCAGUUUCAGACUUUACAGCAUCGCAGAAAUUUUCACGAACAACCAUCAACUUCAGUGAUGCCAUACACGAAUUGCGAUCAUCUGCAUCACGAGCACGUGAAGCAUGCGGUGGGCAAGAGCUCGAAUCGGCUAUUGAUGCUGUGAAUAACUUGCGGAAUGUUCUCAAUGAUACGAGACGUUCAGCUCAGCAGAACAAUCUGCGUCCUUUGCCUGGAGAGACACCUGAAAGUACGGCAAAGCAGCUUAGUGCAACGAGUAAACAUGUUGGUGUGGCGAUGUCGCAACUUCUAUCGGCUGUUACGCAGGGCAAUAGAUUGUACGCGGGAGCAGCAGGUAGAGACACAGCUCUGGCUUUGGGUGACUUUACAAAAAGCGUCCGAGGAGUUGCAGCAACAAAUAACAAUCCAAUUGUCAUCAAUUGCGCUGAUGAUGUUAUCAUUUCGUCUGUACGGGUAAUUGAAGAAGCCCAGAGGAUGCUCCAAAAUAUUGGAGAUCCGGUUAUUUUAACCAAAACAGCUCGAGAUGUUCAGAUGUCUCUUGAGAAGACAGUUGACUGCCUCCCAGGGCAACGAGAAGUUGAUGAUGCUCUGAAGACAAUCAAUGAGCUAAGUGAAGUUAUUGCAAUGGGUGAAUUUCCGCCUUCUAACAAAUCCUAUGGGCAACUGCAAAUAGAGCUGAAACAUGCAGCGGAAAAUUUGAAUGUUGCUGGUGGGAAGAUUGUUCAGGCUCAUGCUAGUCCUGCACAGUUAGCAAGUACAAGUCAGGACUUCAGUCAGGCCUACAAGGAACUUCUGUCGGUGUCUCUUGAAAUGGCUGGACAGUCAAAUGAAGAAAUUGUCCGGAAUAACGUUGUUGUUUCCAUUCGUGGUGUAUCUAGAACAUCAUCAGCUCUUCUUUUCACCGCCAAAUCCGUAGCAGCUGACCCUGAGCAACCUAAUGCAAAGAAUCAACUAGCAAUUGCAGCUCGGGCCGUAACAGAGAGCAUCAACUAUCUCGUUGAUAUGUGUACAUCUGCAGCUCCGGGCCAGAAAGAAUGCGACAAGGCUAUUCGAACAAUUGAAUCCCUUCGUCCACUCCUCGAGCAUCCCAAGGAGCCACUCAAUGACAUGGGCUACUUUGAUUGCUUCGAAACAGCCACCGAGAAGUCAGCAAGUCUCGGUCAUGCAAUAAGUGAGAUGAUUAACAAUGCCAAAGCUUCGCAGUAUGUUGAAUUUGGACAUUCAGUCAACAUGGUGGCAGAAUCAAUGCGUGGCCUUAUUGAGUCUGCUGCUCAGUCGGCUUACUUUGUUGGUAUCAGUGAUCCAACAAGUGUAGCCGGUCGACCAGGCCUCGUUGAUCAGACUCAACUUCAGAGAGUCACUCAAGCGAUUGAGCAGCAUUGUCAAGUUUUAUGCAAUCCCGAUGCAACACGUGAACAGCUCAUUUCGUCACUCACAACCAUUGCAAAACAGACGACAAUUUUAUGCAACAUUUCAAGGAAUGCAAGCACAAACACAAAUAAUCCCGUUGCUAAGCAGCAAUUUAUCUAUGCUGCAAAGGACGUGGCUACUGCUACUUCAGCUUUAGUUCAGAAAUCCAAGAAUUUGGAGCACAAUACUGCAACUGCUCGUCAACAAUGUGCCGAAGCAACGCAUUCUCUCAUGGAUGCUGUUCAUUCUUGCCGUCAAUUUGCAUCAUCCCCGGAGUAUAUUAGCAUACCCGCACGUAUAUCAACAGAAGGGUAUCAUGCGCAGGAGCCAAUACUCCUGGCAGGACGCUCCGUUCUCGAUGGUGUCAUAGAUAUGGUUAAAACGGUCAAGUCUCUUGCUGUAACACCCGAUGAUCCACCUGUUUGGCAGCAGUUGGCACACCAAAGUAAACCCGUGUCCGAAAGUGUAAAGAGACUCGUGGAUAGUAUUAAGGAGAAGGCUCCAGGGAAGGUGCAAUGUGAUCAGGUGUUGAUCACACUAAAUGCCUGCGCUCGGGAUUUGGACUCAACUGCGCUAUCAAUUGGAAUUCAGGGGCUUGCACCGAGACGUGAAAAUAACCUACAGGGAUUUACGUGCCAAACAAUGAAUGCAGCAUCGGAAAUUACGGAAAAGUUGGAUCCUGUUCGUGCUGCAGCUAAGAGGAAUGCCGAAACUUUGGGACAUGCAGUAACCCAGAUUUCUAGAUACGCUGUGCCAUUGACCAAUAGUGCCAUAGGAGCUUGCUCCCACCUAAUACACUCUUCGCAACAAAUUACCCUGUUGGAUCAGACAAAGUCAGUCAUUGAAGCUGCAUCGGAGCUAAUUGAGACAGCUAAGGAAGCUGGUGGGAAUCCCCGUGCAGUACACUACCAUCAACAACUGGAUGAAUGUGUAACAACAACGAGGGAAGCACUCAUUGAACUCACUACAACUGUUGAGAAACUAUCAACGGAAAAUGGCGUUGUUACCGGUUUAAUGGAACAAAUUUCACGUUCAAUCACACGAAUCACCGAUAAACGUCAAUCCUUCCUUGGGACGAGUGGAAUGGAUAACUUUGUUGACUAUCAAACACGUAUGGUGCAGAGUGCAAAGGAAAUCGCACGCUUGACAAAUGAAGUGAAUGCUAAGGCGAGUUUGGAUCAGUCAAAGCUACCGCAGUUGUGUAUUGAUAUCACGCACCACUACACCCAAUUGGCACAAGAUUCAAUUGGUGCUUCAGUAAAUACAACGUCUCCUGAUAUUGCAAUCCGUAUUAGGAACACCGUUCAAGAACUUGGGCAUUCAAUUUCGCAGUUAAUUCAAUCUACUGCUGGAAUUCGUCCAGAUGACGCCCAUGCUCUUGCUGAAGUAUCACGAAACUCGCGUGAUGUCACGGAGAAAGUUUCUCAGGUCUUAGCAGCACUGCAGGCUGGCUCAAGAGGAACUCAGGCGUGUAUCAAUGCUGCAAAUACAGUAUCAGGCAUCAUUGGAGAUCUCGAUGCAACGAUAAUGUUUGCAACUGCUGGAACAUUGCACAGUGAUGAUGAUGGAACAUUUGCUGAUCAUCGUGAACAUAUACUGAAAACUGCAAAGGCUCUGGUGGAGGAUACAAAGGUACUCGUAGCUGGUGCUGCUGGAUCUCAGGAUCAACUCGCAACUGCAGCUCAAAAUGCAGUUUCAACCAUUUUACAACUUGCAGAAGCAGUUAAAAGGGGCGCAACUAGCUUGGGUUCAGGACAACCAGAUUCACAAGUAAUGGUAAUGAAUGCAGUUAAAGAUGUAGCAGCAGCUCUUGGUGAAUUGAUAAAUGCAACCAAAUUGGCAUCCGGGAAAUCAAUUCAUGAUUCAGCAAUGAAUGACAUGAAAGAAAGUGCAAGGGUAAUGGUGUUGAAUGUUUCGACAUUGUUGAAAACCGUAAAAGCCGUCGAGGAUGAACAUACACGCGGAACACGAGCAAUGGAGGCUACUGUUGAAGCAAUAAUGCAAGAAAUUCGUAGCAUUCAAAUUCCACCCGCACCUGGAAGUGCUCCGGCCACGCCAGAAGAUCUCAUUCGUGUAACGAAGAAUGUUACGCUGUCCACUGCAAAGGCAGUUGCUGCUGGUGCCUCAAACUUGCAAGCUGAUAUUGUUGCAGCUGCGAAUCUUGGACGACGUUCUAUCAGUGAUAUGCUUAAUGUAUGCCGUGUUGUUGCCUGGUCGUGCGCUGAAACAGUUGAACUGCGUCAGAAAACUCUCGAUGCUGGUGCUGCUGUUGCAAUGGCCUAUCGUGAUCUGCUCGAAGGUGUCCUCAAUGGGGCAACUGCUGAUGAGCGAAUGCACCUGUCGAGGCGUGUAGCCACGUGCGUUACUGACUUGCUGUCUGUUGCGCAACAGCUGAAGGGAUCAGAUUGGAUUGAUCCAGAGGAUCCCACUGUAAUUGCUGAAAAUGAACUUCUCGGUGCAGCAGCAUCUAUUGAUGCUGCAGCUAAGAAGUUAGCCAGUCUCCGGCCAAGACGAAAUUCAGACAUUAAGAUGACGGAUGAAAACUUAAAAUUCGACGAGAUGAUCCUUGAGGCUGCUAAGGGAAUAAUGGCAGCCUCAUCAGCCCUCGUACGUGCUGCAAAUGCCGCUCAGAAGGAGCUGAUUGAGCAGGGGAAAGUAGCUCGUCGCCCCUUAACGUCAUCAGACGAUGGCCAAUGGUCAGAGGGUUUGAUUUCAGCUGCACGACUUGUAGCAGCCGCCACGCAUAGUCUCGUUGAAGCUGCCCAAAAUCUCGUACUUGGUGUUGGAACGGAAGAAACAUUAAUUUCAUCAGCACGUCAAGUGGCUGCAUCAACAGCUCAACUACUCAUUGCUUGCAAAGUAAAGUCUGAUCCCAAUUCGGAGUCAGGACGUCGAUUGCAGGCAGCUGGAAAUGCCGUAAUAAAAUCAACUGAUAAUCUUGUCAUAGCAGCGCAGCGGGCAAUUGAAAUGGAAGAGGAGCAUAUUCUGAAGAUUAACACGAGUAUGGUGGACGGGAUGGCGCAGGAGAUUAAUGCUCGUUCGGAAGUACUUAAGAUGGAGAAGCAACUGGAAGAGGCGAGAAAUCGCCUUGUGGCCAUUCGUCAAGCAAAAUAUCGUCAAAGACAAGCAGCUGGAUACACCGAUGAUAGUGACACAGAUACGGGAAAUACGUCAAAUUAUCAGUAUCAGCAGAAGAAGCAGAAUUAUGACUACCAAUCAUCGCCACCAGAUCAUUACACUUCCGCCGCGUAUGGGCAGAAUUUGUCACAAAAUAAUUCAGUUUUGAAUACAACAAUUCAUCAAUCUCCAAGUAGCCAAAGUACAUUUAGGAAGCAACCACCGGCGGUGCCACCCCCAAGGACAGGAUUCCUCACGGGGAACUCCAUACCACGACCCUAUCAUGGCAUGGAAACAGACUCAAACACCUACUCAUCGACGACAGGAGUGCAGCAGGGAACGAAUUUGGAGGCAUGCGUUAGGGAUUUGCAGGAGAAAACAUUGGGGAAAUCUGUGCCAUUUAGUACGUUCAAGAAAACAACAUCAUCAACAACAACAACGAAUUCUGAUAAUAAACAAAAUGAUGGACAGAAAUUUGAGGGAUUUACAGCCAGAUAUGAAACGAAGAAAUAUGAUCAGGAAGCAGAUUUCCCACCACCACCGCCUCUAGAAUUGGAGCAACGUCUCGCUAAGGUAUCCCUGAGGGAUAUAACGACUUCCGGGGACGUAGCUACACAUCAUCGUAUUACAAAUAACACACAAGAACGCAUUAGGGAACAGAGAAUGAUUACAACGACAACAGAAUCCGUCUCCGAACACAAAACGCACACGCAUAAUUUUUCUUUUGAAAAGUAAAAAGUACUAAAAACAAAACUUAAACCAAAACGGUCUAAGUCUAAAACUAAUUUUUAAUUACAUGUUGUAUCAUAAACUAAUGAUGGUUUUCCUCUUUUUUUUUAAUUACCUUCCUUAAAUAUUGUAUAGUAAUAUUAAAAGAAAAAAAACAUCCUUUGCCAACAACUAGACUGUAGGACGAAAGCUUAUAACGAACGGUAAAUUAUGUUUUAAAAAAAAAGUUCUUUUUUUAUAAAAAUAAAAAUAAAGUCUUUUAGUUUUUUUUAAAUGCCAUAUUUACAUCGAAUUUAAAAAAAAAUAAAAAUUAACUUUUCUUUUUCUUCCAAGUUUAGUACGGUUAAAGAGGCUAGGUCUGCUAGGUCUCAGAUUUUAAAUGAAAAAGUUUCUCCGUAAGUUCUCGAUUUAGCAUCCCGUUAUAAGCUUUUCCGUCUUUUAUUGGUGAAGGGUCAUUUUAUUUAGUUAGUAUUUCAACUUACUUGGAAAUAUUGUUGUUGUAAAUAAUAAUCCUUUCGAAACUAUAAUAUAGAAUUAGAAUUUUUUUUUUGAAAAGAAAACAAAACUUAUAUACAACAAAAUACAAAUCAACUGACUCGAAGAGUUAAAUGCUAAAAAAAAAAGAAAAAAUAAUUAUAUUAAUAUGUUAUUUUUUUAUUUUUCUAAUACAUUUUUAAACUAAAUAUUAACUAAAAAAAAUAAAAUAAAUAUAUCACCUAAAAUUGCCUUAACUUUUUUUCUCAUAUAAUAUGAAUGAAAAGAAAAAAAAACUUAUGUCUGAAAAACUACUGAAACAUUUUUUGUGGAAUUUCAAUAAAAUUCAGCGCAAUAAAAAGAA